AUGGAAGCCGCAGAGUUUAUCAUCUUUAAGGCUGAUAAAAGAGUUAUAUGUUAUGAGAAUUCUUAUCUGCAAGCUUGGUAUUUGGACCGUGAUAGCAAUUUACCUCAGCACAGGAUUGACAAUGCAACGUUGAACUUUGGCUGCCAAAUUUCAGAGGAGAAGUUUUUUUUGCUCUGGUCACAGAAAAAUGUUUCUGUAAAAUUUGACUGGGAUCUCAGAAAUUUUAGCUUCUUGCUAUCAUAUGAUUCUGUGAAUUAUAAGCUCGAGGUUUCUUACGAGACAAUUUUGCAGAUUGAGCUAAAACGCCCUCGUGGUCAAUCUAUGAAAUUUCUUGUCAUCCAGUUAUAUGGUUCACCACUUAUUUAUGAGAGACAUAUCUACUGGGACCGGACAAUUGAUUUUACUCCAUCCUCCUGCAUUGGACAAUCAUCUGCUAUGUGUUUGGAGCUUCCAGGGAGGGGCCAUGUUCCAAAAGUUCUGAAAGAUUUCUUUUUCUACAAGGAAAGUCCAGGGAAGUUCAGUCUACAGGAAGGUUCUACUUUCUCCUGCAAUUCUGAUAUUGUCCCGAUUUUAAGUCCACCCCAAGUUAUUGACUUGCCAUUUAGGAUCUUGUUCAAAAUCAAUUCUUUGAUUCAGCAUGGUUGUAUUCCCGGGCCAGCACUUGAUGUCAAGUUCUUUCGCUUCGUUAGCGGAAUAGAUAUAGCAUUCAUAGAACAUGCUUUGGAGAAGCUGUUAAAUCUAAGAGAAUGCUGCUAUGACCCGGUAAGUUGGCUCAAAGAUCAAUACAGAAACUACUCUAAGUCUAAGCCAGUUCUUGGAUCGCCUACCGUUGCCUUGGAUGAUGGGUUAGUAUACGUGCACAAGGUUUUGGUAACCCCCACCAAAAUAUACUUUUAUGGUCCAGAAGUUAGUCUCUCCAAUCGUGUCUUACGCAGUUAUUCUGAUGACAUUGAUAAUUUUCUUCGUGUUUCUUUCGUUGAUGAGGAUAUGGGUAAAUUGUUUUCAACAGUUUUAUCUCCUAGGAAAUCAGAAGAAAGGCGUACAGGAAUAUAUCAAAGGAUACUGUCAAUUCUCCGAUAUGGCAUAGUCAUAGGAGACAAGAAGUUUGAAACUCUUGCUUUCUCAAAUAGUCAAGUAAGAGAGAAUACUUUAUGGAUGUUUGCAUCUAGACCUGGGCUUACUGCAGCAGAUAUUAGAGAGAGCUUGGGUGAUUUUCGUAAGAUGAAGAACGUGGCAGAAUAUGCAGCCAGACUUGGUCAGUCUUUGAGUGCAUCCAUCCAGGGUAGCUGUGCAUGUUGA